AUGGACACGAAUUUUCAGUUCUCGAACCUGAUCGGCACGGUCUACCGAAACGGGCGCGUGCUCUUCUCCCCGGACGGCUACUCGCAUCUCCUUUUUAGCAACUGCUCGCGCACAAUCGCCUUCAAAUGCCAGCACUCCAUCCAGCACAUCACGCUCAACGCCGAGGGCACGCAUCUCGUCGUCAUUGAUGAGGGCGGCGAGAUCCUGUACGUGAACCUGGAGACGUCCGCCGUCAUCCACCAGUUCAAGGCGACUAGGCUGGCAAAAAUCGCCGAAUUCUCGCCAUGCGGCCGCUACCUGGCCAUCACCCCCGAGAAUACGCUGCAGAUUCAGCAGAUGGGCAGCAUGGUGAACAACAUGUUCCGCCCGUUCCAUCUCAUUCGUCUCCUUCACCUCUCGCCGGAGACGCUCACCUCCGUGAGCUGGAGCUGCGACUCCAGGCUCCUCUGCAUUGGUGGUGAGGACAAGAUGAUCAGAAUCGCGCCGCGCGUCGACGCGAAAAACUUUACCAACUUCAACAUUGCCGCCCACAAAGGCCGCAUCGUGUGCGCCGAUUUUCAGAAGAAUUCGUAUGAUUUGGUCAGCGUCGAUCAGCGCGGCCUGGUGAACGCGUGGCGGUGCAGCUUGGCGGGCAGCGACCUGCUCGACGGCAAAUUCGACAAGGAGGACGAGGUCCGCCCGCUCGAGCUCGCCUACGAGAAGACGAACAAGGCACAACUGCACGACCUGGCCGGCCUCGACCGCAUGGAGGACGUGACGGCGGCGGCGUUCCAUCGCGACAGCGGGCUGCUCGUUGCCGGAUUCGCCAAUGGAGUCUUCGUCCUCCUCGAGGCCCCGUCGUUGUCGCUGAUUCAUAACUUACGCGUCUCCGACAUUCGCAUCUCCUCGCUGGCCAUCUCGAAGGCGGGCGACUGGCUGGCCAUCGGCUGCGGCAAGGGCACCUCGGCACAAUUGGUCGUCUGGGAGUGGCAGAGCGAGACGUACGUGCUGAAGCAGCAGUCCCACUCGGAGCGCAUCCUGUCCGCCGAGUUCAGCCCCGACGGCGCGCAAAUUGCGACUGGCGGCGAGGAUGGAAAGCUAAAAGUCUGGUCAGCCCGGACGAGCUUCUGCGUCGUCACAUUCACCGAGCACACGUCCGGCAUCUCGUCGGUGGCCUGGACCCAAAAUGGAAAAGCCGUACUCUCAGCUUCGCUGGACGGCACCGUCAGGGCCCACGACUUGAAGAGAUACCGCAACUUCCGCACGCUGGUCUGCCCCGAACCCACGCAACUCGGCGCGCUCGCCGUCGACGCCGCUGGUGACAUCGUGAUCGCGGCCGCCAAGGAGCUGUUCAGUGUAUUCGUGUGGAGUCUGGAGACGGGCCGCCUGCUCGACGUCCUCGCCGGCCACAGCUCCAUCGUGCCGUCCAUCUCCCUCCACGGCAACCAGCUCGUCACCGGCUCCCUCGACAAGACGUUCAAG